CGCCGCAUAGGACACGCUGAACACGCCUACCUGCAUAUUAAAGCCAUUCUAACACCAAUAUCAUCAUUAUCAUCACCUCUUCCGCAUGGACAGAAUACGCUUCCAGUCCCAACAACAACAGCAACAACAGUCAUUAUGGACGAGAAGGAAAGGCGAGAUGCCUUCAAUAUGAAAGUGCUAAAGAGACACGAUCCCGGAAUUGUAGAUAUUGUAGGAUCGGCAGCAUUUGUUGUUCUGUAUGAAUUGGAAGAUGAAUGGACGAAAUCAGGCAUAGAAGGUCCUAUGUUCCUCUAUAGGAGAUCAACUGCCCCGUAUUCUGGAUUCUUUGUGCUAAACCGUAAUGGCGUGGAAAACUUUGAUGCAAAGCUACAAGCAGAAGAUGAUGUUGAACUUGCGGGAGAGUUUGUUCAUUUUAGGGCAGCAUCCAACGAACAAGUGUUGGGCAUAUGGGUGUACGACACAAAGGAACGGGAAGUGAUCGGAAACCAAAUGAUGAAAAUUCAUGAGGAUAUUCGCCAAGGAAAGGAUGCAUUUGGAGCACAAAAGUCGAUCCCACCUCAACCCACAACCCAACAAGCCGGACAGCCGAUCAGUCUUGACGCUCUAUUUGACAGCGCAGGAUCCAACGUGCAAUCGCCAGCCCCGCCAGGAAGAGGACCUGAACUUCUUGACUCCAUCUUUCAAAGUGCUCUUCCGCAACAAUCCCCAUCAGGACCACCGCAACAGCCUCAGCCAUUCCCCGGAUCCAAUGGAACAAAUGACCUCAAAGCAAUGCUAGGUCUACCCUCCCACUAUGCACCUCCAAUGCAAGAGCAGCAUCAAUAUCCUCAACCACAUGCCAAUGGGGCGAUUCCACAAGGCCUGGAAGCAAUCUUUGCCAGUGCAAGAUCGCCAAAUGUGCAGAAUGCUAAACCGCAAAGUCUGCAAACACCAUCCAAUCGGGACACCACACAACAAUCCGGUCAACCAAACUUUGGUGGUAUAGCGUCUGAAAGUAUCGAUGCAAGUCUUGCUGCAAGACCCAAAGAUGCUUCUAUUUUGAGUCAACGAGAUUUCGUGCGAGAGAUUUUGUCUCUCAUUCAUACUGACAAAGAGUUCGUCAAUGACUUAUACCAGCGAUAUUUGUCGCGUGUACAAUAGCGAUUUCCUCAUUUUGUUUUGCACAUCCUGCUAGCUUUCGUCGGGUUCAUUAUUCAUGUAUCUAUGCAACUUUCAAUGUAUAGCACCCUCAAUUUCGCUCGAUGAUUCUAAUGGUAUCAU